AUGAGAAUUGCAGAUCUCGUAGACAACGUGAAGGAAGCUAUCCUAAAAUUUAACCUGUCACGCCGCUUGUACGCCGCCGUAUUCGAGCCUGUCGUUCCAGACAUUCGGUUCCAGAUGCUCGGAUUCGGAUGGCAAAGAGCCGCCAAGUUGUUAUGA